CUACGCUCCUCAUGACUUGAGUCCGGCGGAGAUGAAGAAGUGGAGGAAGCGCCAGAGCCCGGGAUACGAUGCUUUUGAUUCCCUGAACAUUAACCCGUCGAGUCUGUAUAAGAACUUUUCCGUCAUGUCAGAAUAUAUCACAACGAUGGGACGUAUCAAGCACAGGAGCCAGACCGGCCUUCGGCCAGUUAACCAACGAAAGAUCGCCAAAGCAAUCCGCAGGGCCGUUGCUCUGGGACUCAUGCCGAGUGUCCACCGACACCCCGAGAUUUUAGCGGCAGAGGCUAGAAACAGAAUGGAAUUCUAGAGGGCUCGCGUUCUUCUACAUGCCAUAUGCUUCCCCAGUCACAUCGGAAGGGAGAUACAGAGGCAGCAUAUGGUCCGCAGAUCACGGCAGAUCCGCAAUAUGAAAACUGUAUAUUAUCAUUCUUCACCAUCGUAUCGGUGUUGCUUGCGAUUGGGUUUGGAGAUACAACUCAAGGGCAAUGGUAUUGCUGGGACUGGAGUACUUGUACUGAUGCUGUUUUAGUUACUCAAGUGUUCUACUAGC